ACUGCUACGACCGUGCAACUUUUUAUGCAGUGGACGUAAACACCACGAUGUACACCGGCAAACAGCAUUUCUGGGACAUAUUUUUGGGUUUGCUAUAAACAUCAUCGCAAAUGUUGCUCCAGGGUCUCACUGUCUAAUUUUAGGGUAAACGCGAUCAUCUUCCUUUUUAAAGUCAAGCGCUUGGAUGGCAGUGUGCUUAAAGGCGGCCACCUUGGUGCUUCAGUGUGAUUCGUUUGUCGCACACAAGGCCAUGCUUUUCAUGACUUGCCGACGCAUGAGCGUGCAUUCCCCCGCACCUGUUUACCUGGUUGAGUGUGAUGGCAUAUGACCACCGGCAUGACGUCAUUAGUGACACGUCCGCUACUGAUGGGACAGUCUGCACCUUACAUGCACCAUAUAUCCGUGAGGUUGACAGGUUAAUUAAGCGCGUGUCUACCUAUUUAGCGUUUACAAAUCCCUUAGUUAAAUGUUUUGUUUUGAGCCAUGUUAUGACUUUUUUGUAUUGCUUAAAUGGGUUGCUGAUUUGCACUGUGGUGGUGCCCUGUCCACUGCAGACAUCUGGCAGAUGCUUGAUCUUCUGCCUCCAUCAUAAAGCAUAAAAAUGGGACAAAACUCAUUUCAGCAUGAGAUCUGAAAAUGGGAACAAUGAAAAUCACCUCAGUCGGUAACUCUUGAUUGUGCGCUGUCAAAAGAGGCGAGUUCUGUAUUUAUUUGCAAACGCUGCAGCCCCAGGCUGGAAUGGUUUUUGUCAUAGCUUGGCUCCUUAAUUGGCCUUGACAAAGAUGUGGAUGGAAUGGAGAACCAGGUGCAUUAAUAGCAGAAGACUCACUGCUAAUUUCUAAUCAUUGUAUACCCAAAUGAUCUAAGGGAUAACAAAUACUAUACUAGAGCAUUGUUACUCAAUCAAUAAUUAGGCAUCAUUGGUCCAGGGAUCAGCACCUGUGGUUGUUUACACAUUUGACUUGUAAUGUCAAGGUUACAGUUUUAUUCAAAUGGAAACCCUACUGUUGUUCACCUGUGUGAAGUAUUGGAGAAUCUGUGUAGCAUGUUAAGUUGACUUGCGAAAAAAUACUUUAGCCAGACAUGCGUAAGUAAGCAGUAAAUGCUAUACUGUAGAUGAAUUAUUUAUCUGGUAUGGUCAUUGCUGAUGAGGGCGGCAUGGUGGUGCAGUGGUUAGCACUGUUGCCUCACACCUCUGGGACCCGGGUUCGAGUCUCCGCCUGGGUCACAUGUGUGUGGAGUUUGCAUGUUCUCCCCAUGUCGUCAUGGGGUUUCCACCGGGUACUCCGGUUUCCCCCCACAGUCCAAAAACAUGCUGAGGCUAAUUGGAGUUGCUGAAUUGCCCGUAAGAGUGCAUGUGUGAGUGAAUGGUGUGUGAGUGUGCCCUGUGAUGGGCUGGCCCCCCAUCCUGGGUUGUUCCCUGCCUCGUGCCCAUUGCUUCUGGGAUAGGCUCCGGACCCCCCGCGACCCAAUAGGAUAAGCGGUUUGGAAAAUGGAUGGAUGGAUGGUCAUUGCUGAUGUGAUUCUCGCUCACUUUCUGGGUGGUAGAAUGGUGGCUUCCCAGCUUGAGACCAGAGCUGCUUCAGACAUUACCCCAAUACCUCAGAUGGGGGAGUGUGGUCGUCAAUGCUGUGUGUGUGUGUGUGUGUGUGUGUGUGUGGGCUGGACUGUGGUGAGGACUGUCCAGGGAGCCUUCAACUUCCAUGCACCAGAAUAGCUCUCUGUUUCUCUGGGAUAUUGAGGGCUUUCAGCUCCUGGACAUGUGUACCACCCUUACCAAACAGUCACACCCUGACUGUACACUCUGUUCACUUUGCCGCUUGUUUGCCCUGCCCUUUCCCCCGGUCACACAUCAGUGCUUCUGUUAAAUGCUGGCCGCGGGACGUCAUGCCUCUGAAUCGAGGCUUUUACUCGAAGUUUACAGUGGUCGAGUGAAAGUGUCUUGCACAUUCUUUGAAGGUUUCAUCCCAGACGACUUGUUUUCACGCUCGAUGCCAAUCUCCCGUGUCUGAUCACACACACAGCGUCUGUCUCGCUGAUCCCUGUUCCAUGUCCCCCAUCGCCCGCUGACAUGGAGAACCAGGAUGUAAUGAACUGAAAUGCGGGAUCGGCUUCCCGGACAGGAAAAAUACGGUUUGCAGAAGAGAUAAGAUUGACUUUAUUGUGUUUGCAGAGUGGGAAAUGUUUCUUCGGUUGGGCAAUCGCAAUACAAUGUCAGCACGACAAAACACAAUGAAUGUGAAAACAAUGCAAAAGCAACACCUGCAAAUCGGACUGAAAAUGCGAGAAUGCAGUGGGCUCACAGUGCAAAUGCCAGCAUAUCUCAAUUGAAAAAGUUUGCGUCGGUCACUGAAAGAUGCUGUAAAUGUGGCUGCAUCCUUCUUAUGUUGUUCUGCGGCUGGACUGACUGAUGCUGCUGGCUUCCCUUUCAUACGCCAGCGUUUGUGUCUCUACGUAACCCGUCCCUGAAGGGAAAAACGACUUUCUGAUUCUCUUUCAUUAGACGCAUUCCAGGAAAAUGACUGACUUGGCUGCCUGCGCUACUUUAAGUGCGCUUUACGCUUCUGUACCGGGGUAAAAACGUGUUACACGGCGAGCGAGCCAUUGGCCUAUUCAUCUAAUUCCUUUAAAUGUUUUUGGGGUGUUGCUCUCAUUGAUUUCAUGUCCCUGGUUUAGCGGCCGCAGCCUGGGAACGGCUGCAUGCACUUGCAUCUCAGUGUUGCUUUUGGUCGUCGGCCAGCUGCAGGACGAUUCCCUAUUUUUAUCUCACAAAAACCUCUUUGAAAGUGUCCUGUAGGAGGGGCCGGCUCUCACUCCCGUGUUCGUGGGAUAGUUUGGUUCAGGGGCUGGAUUCGUUCACACGUCCUUUGAAAGGGCUGCUUUGAAAUAUAUCUUUCCGUCUGAGGGGUGUCUGUGCUGCUUAGGGAAAAAAUCAGAUGCAUCAUCGGGUGUUUAAAGGGGGGAAAUGUCCACUUUGGAAGCCAAAUGCACUUGCGUUCGUGGCCUGUGUUUCCAGUUGGUAGUUGUGCUGGUGUCUGACUGCUGUCUUGUGUUUAUAUGUAGUUCAUUAUUCACUUUAAAGUCAUCUGCCCCCCUCUCGCCCACCCCUCACUUUGGAUCCUGGACUUUUCCACUCACUGCUACAUGUUGGAUGCCCAUGUGUCACGAGCUGGUGAGGCGCUCAGACACACACACAGAGUCCAUUUAUAUCUUCGUGGGGACCCUCCAUUCAUUUCUAUGGAUAUAACUCUAAUCCCAAUAAUGACCUUAACCCCCCGACCCAGCCCUAACUUCAAGAACUACAAAAUACAAGACUUUUGGCAUUUUAGUUUUUUGAUUGCAGACACAGAUUUUUGUAAUAUUGAGUUUAUCCUUGCGGGGGGGGGGGGGGGGGGGUUUACCACAUUGUGAGGAAAUCUGGUCCCCACAAUGUAAUAAUUACAAAAACCCCUCACACACACAGGCAGACAGACAGACAGAAACAUACAGAGACCCUGAAUGGUUCAGUUCGGAAGGGAGCAGCAUUGCUUUCCAGUUCUUUGUGGUGGUGGUGGAGUUGGGGGGGUGAUGGGUGGGUCUGAGCCCUGUCUUAUUUAGGUUGGCAUGGGCUCCAGCGACUGCCUGCACCUCAGAGCUUCCUGCCCGAGGGGCGUGGCUUAGUCAACAGGCCCCUUGUUUACCAGAUAAUGUCAUAUUCUGUGAAUAGCCCCCGGCUCACUGCUUCUCAUUCCCCAUGAGCGCAUGAGGAAGUCUGCCUGAGCGUGUGUUUCCUGACUUAGAACACUGGCUGGGAGGCGCAGAGAGAAGCGAGGCAGAGUGCGGCUCCUCUUCCUCCCUCCUACCUGCACGCAUGCUCAGAGAAAGCUUCAGGGUAACUGUGUCGGGGGGGGAGAAUAACCAGCAUCCUGUGAGCUAGGAGGCAGGGCUUAUGAAGCUAUAUGAUUACAUACGAGAUGAUAUGUUCACCCUUCAUGUGAGUGCAGCCCUCAGCUGAGGGACACGGUCAUGCCAACUUUGUAACCCAUGCCAGUCCCUGUGCAGAUUCGCUGCGGUGUAUGAGGAGAUGGGACAGUAUGCAGUGCCGUUCUGCUCCACCCAUAAUGCAUUGCUGCCUCUGAACUGGAUUGUUUAUUAGGCAUUCUAGGCAAAAAUAUCUAGUGAAACUGAUCUCAGCUCAGUCCAUGGGGACCCCCAGACAAUCCACAUUUUAGCUCCCACCCAGCAUCCAACAUACCCGUACCAGGUAUUCAGUGUCCUUGAUUGUUCGGUUCAGGUGGGUUGGAAGCUGGGAUGGAGCAAAAAUAUGGACUGUCUGGGAGUCCCGAGGGAUUGGGCUGAGAAACACUGCGGUAGUGAAUGAAGUAUAGUGAGAUAAAUUUAGUUCAUAUCGCUUGUUUCCAAAGGACAUGCCCCCGGAUGCAUGACAGAUGUGUGAUACUCCUGCAUCUGGAUCUUCAGCAGUCCAACUGACUCUGAAAGACUGAGCUAUCCUGAGCCAGUGAACUGAAAAAGGAACAUUUUUCAGUUCAGUAGAGGAACAGUUACGGGACGGGGCUGUUAACAGUCCAGUGGUGCCAGAAGCUAAAGCCAGGGUGUGGUUCUGAGAUUCCCUCCCUCCAGUGUUCACAGCUGAUUGGCUGGGGGCGUGGCUGGCUUUUGGGAUUCUCUCCGAGCGUCGCUGAUACUCGUCCUCAGACAGAGAACAGGGUCUGGGUGAGUGUGACCUUCAGCAGGUAGGAGUAAGGCAUCAGUUUUGGGGACACACCUUGGGUAACUGAAGACCUAUCUGUGCCACACCCUUGAAAUAUGCAAAUACGAGCUGAAUAACCAGUUCUGAAUUGUUCCCGGGUGUCCAGUUUCACCCCGACAGGCAGCAGGCCAGCAUGGCCAUGACCGGGGGCACAGCAGGGCCCCUUCCCAUGAGCAACCACACGCGGGAGCGAGUCACCGUGGCCAAGCUGACACUGGAGAACUUCUACAGCACCCUGCUGACGCAGCACGAGGAGCGGGAGAUGAGGCAGAAAAAGCUGGAGAAGGCUAUGGAUGAGGAAGGCCUGCUGGAUGAUGAGAAGAUAAUGCGACGCUCACAGCACGCCCGCAAGGAGACGGAGUUCCUGCGGCUAAAGCGUACUCGGCUGGGUCUGGAGGACUUCGAGUCCCUCAAGGUCAUCGGGAGGGGCGCGUUUGGGGAGGUGCGUCUGGUGCAGAAAAAGGACACGGGCCACAUCUAUGCCAUGAAGAUUCUGAGGAAGGCAGACAUGCUGGAGAAGGAGCAGGUCGCUCACAUCCGCGCCGAGAGAGACAUCCUGGUGGAGGCAGACGGUGCCUGGGUGGUGAAGAUGUUCUACAGCUUCCAGGACAAACGGAACCUGUACCUCAUCAUGGAGUUCCUGCCUGGAGGAGACAUGAUGACCCUGUUGAUGAAGAAGGACACAUUGUCUGAGGAGGCCACCCAGUUCUACAUCGCCGAGACCGUCCUGGCCAUCGACUCCAUCCAUCAGCUGGGCUUCAUCCACAGAGACAUCAAGCCCGACAACCUGCUGCUGGACUCCAGGGGCCACGUGAAGCUGUCAGACUUUGGCUUGUGCACCGGCCUCAAGAAGGCUCACCGGACUGAGUUCUACCGGAACCUGACCCACAACCCUCCCAGCGACUUCUCCUUCCAGAACAUGAACUCCAAGAGGAAAGCGGAGACGUGGAAGAAGAACAGGAGGCAGUUGGCGUACUCCACUGUGGGAACCCCAGACUACAUCGCCCCCGAGGUCUUCAUGCAGACCGGCUACAACAAGCUGUGUGACUGGUGGUCUCUGGGAGUCAUCAUGUACGAAAUGUUGAUAGGCUACCCCCCCUUCUGCUCGGAAACGCCUCAGGAAACGUACAGAAAGGUCAUGAACUGGAAGGAGACUCUCGUUUUUCCCCCUGAGGUGCCGAUUUCGGAGAAGGCCAAGGACCUGAUCUUAAGAUACUGCACUGAUGCGGAGAAUCGGAUCGGGGCUGGAAGUGUGGAGGAAAUCAAGAGCCACCCAUUUUUCGAGUCUGUGGACUGGGAGCACAUCAGGGAGCGGCCGGCCGCCAUAUCGAUCGAGAUCAAAAGCAUAGAUGACACAUCGAACUUCGACGACUUCCCGGAGUCGGACAUCCUCCAGCCAGUGACAAAUGCCACAGAACCGGAUUACAAAUCCAAGGACUGGGUCUUCCUCAACUACACCUACAAGAGGUUUGAAGGGCUAACCCAGCGGGGAACCAUCCCCUCCUACAUGAAGGCAGGGAAGGCUUGAAGCUGCCGAAGUGGACCUGAGCUGGGCCGAGUGCUCAGAGGGCGAGCAUACGGACCCAAACUGGUGCAAGAACUCCUGGGCAGAAACACGGACUGUACCAUAUUUAAGGGGGGUGGGGGUGGUCGGGGGAUAUAGACUGUACCACAUGUCAGGGCAUAUAGGGGUGUGCUUCUGCUCCCAUAGGGCUACCGCCAUCGCCGCUGGCAGGAAGUGAUGCAGUUUUUUUCCCCCCCCACCUCGCUUGCCCCAUGUCUGUUUAAACACUGAAGUGUGAAGGUACUGAGGUCAUCCAUCACUGGAAGGAGCGAGCGAGAGAUGCAGGUCACAGACACUGUAUCAGGCACUAAUACUCUUGGGCUUCAUCCAUCAUGUCCAAAAUUUUAGUUUUGUGAAGUAGUUUUAUAACGUUAAUUCUUUAUCAUAUUUACGUGUAGAGGCAGCUGUUACUGGUCCAUGGCGAUAGAGCAUAUUUAUGCUGCAUAGAGUGACGACACGAGGAAAAAGGGACUGUAUCCGCUAGACUGUCCUAAAGAGAGGAUAUUUUCAGCAGUGACGGAAGUGCAAGCUAUUUGUGGCCCUGGCAGCGACAUCCAAGCAGAUGCUGUAAUUUGUGUAUGUUUGUGUUGGCCUGGGGUGUAUAGAUUUUCAUUGUCUUUCCCAGAAGUGUCCUAUGAGCGCAAAGACUUAUUUUAACUAAGUACAGACGGGGAGGGUCAGUUCCUUGUUCAGGACUGUACAUUAAAAUUGCACAUACACCUUU